AUGUCUACUCCACACUACGCUCCUCUCUUUCCUCUGUCGAGUGGUCUCAACGAAAGUCUCCCUCUCUUCAACAAAAUUAUUCUCUUCCUCGAUAUUAAAACCAUCACAAAAACAUGUCUAUUUAUUUCGCAAGAGUGGAAUCAAGCCAUCAACAACCAAAAAACAUUGUGGCAACUCCUCACCGAACGCGAAUUAAAACUUCAAUUCCUUCCCAAUAACAACAACAACAACUCGCAACACACAUUCCAAGUACCAUCCUCACCAAACAAGUCCAACAAUAACUCAUCGGAAUAUGGCAAUGAAGAUUGGAAACAAAUUUACAUGUUAUUAACUCGUUAUUCGAGAUGGCGUUGGCGUCGUGGAAUUGAACGAAACAGUGAUGUCGAGGAAAAAAUGAGAAGAAUGAUGAAUGUGAACGAGAAUGAGGACGGAGAUGCUUCUUCUUCAACAACACCACAAAUUCUCAUGUUUAACAAUCCUGUGUAUUUCUCGCCAUUAAUUCAUAAUCAUCAUUUUAAAGCAAUGAUUAUCGGAGAUAAGAAAGUUGGUAAAAGUAGUGUCAUGCUUCGAUUAUUAACUAGACAAGCACCUAAGAAGGACAUGAUCAAAAAAUUAAUUAGUACGGACCACAUGUCACAUUUUUCUGCACUUAUUCAAAACGUUCAUGAACAAAAUCAUGCCAUUCAAUUACAAAUUUACGACUCGAAUAUUGUGGACAUUGGAAAUUAUGUUAAAGUCUGUCGAAUGUAUGGCACUUUUACACAUUGUGCGAUUAUUGUCUUUAAUGUGAGAAGCAAACGAUCCUAUUUCAAUUCCAUCAACAAAUGGUUACCCAUGAUUCGAAAGCGUAAUCCAACUCUACCUAUUUUCCUUGUUGCCAACAAGUGUGACAAUUUCCAAAAAUAUCAUGGUUCGACUCGUUUUGAAUUUUCCAACAAUAAGGCCUCAGAAAAUGAUUCUGAUUCGAAACGUGAUGUUACAAGAGAAGAAGCAGAGGCUAUGGCUCAUGAAAAGAAUAUCAUUUAUCGAGAAGUGAGUGCAGCUACUGGAGAAGGAAUUGAUGAAUUAUGUGCAGAUAUUAUUAAUACCAUUUAUUGUAAAAUUGUUCAAGUGGUGACCAAGGACAUUUUGGAUCAAGUGAAUGACAUUUGUGAAAAACUCUCUCAGAAAUAUCAUGUCGUAUUCAAGCAACGAGUGGUUGAGAUUCCAAAAUUCGUUCCUCCCAUUCAUGAUCGAGAUUAUUAUGAAAAGUUUACUGAAAGUGAAGUUUCUGGAGGAGAAGAUUCAGAACGUGAUGAAUAUGAUCAAGACGAUGAAUUUGAAGAGUUUAGUACAACCAAAUAUGGUGGACAUCAUGCAUACAAUCGUGACCAUGAAUUUGAAGAAGAAUCAGGUGCUCACAUGCAUGUCUCGAAAUUAACACAAACAGAAGAAGAAAAUGAAUUGAAAGGAGUGGUCAAAAUCAUUAAGAAACACAAGUUAGGAGUUAAGGAACAAAACUCUCCACAGCACAAUGACGAUGCUAGCAGCAGUAGCAGUAUCAGUGAUAUGGAAGAAGAUGAAAAGAUGAAACAAUUGGUUGAAAAGAGUUUUGCAGAGGCUGAUCAGGAAUUACCUUAUUUUAGAAUCAAUGUGAAUACUUCAUCUCAAGAUAAGAGAAGUUCAAAAUAUUAUGCCAAUACGAAAGCAUUGAUGGAGGGUUUGACUGAGGAAAAUAUUAAGGAAAUUGAACAGGUCAUGCAAAAGUCACAUGUCAGUAUUGACGGAAAGACAGCCACGUCAGAUGUGCAAGAAUCAAGUACUGUCAAUGAUGUGACCACAACGACAGCUGCUCCUUCUUCUGGUCAGGAAGGAACCAAUACUAGUGUAGCGACUUCAGAAGAUCCCAACAAGAAGUGCCUCGUUCAAUAA